AUGACGAAGUUAGCUGCAAAAAGACUGCAAGAUAACCCUGCAGUGAUAAUUCCUGAUCAUUUGCAAGUUACGAAAACAGAAUGUGUCAGUUUGAGCUUUGGCAGUUUUGGAUCUGGUGCGUUUUCUGGGCUACUCCCACGAAAGGCCACGGAUAGAAAUGUGGAAUUCCCUGCUCGAGAGGAAUCUGCACCAGUAGAUCAAAUAGAUGCCAGGAAUCAAGAUUACUAUGAAAGUGAUGCAGUAACUUCGCAAGCAGACAAAAAUCUUGAGGCCAUGCUGGGAGCCAACAUGGAGAAUGUCGAUGCGCCUUCUGUUUCACAGGCUAAUGAGCUCAGGCAGGACGUACUUGAUCCUUCUGGACUUCAAUAUGAUGUGCCAUCAGUUUCAAGUCAUGCUUAUUCAAACACGAACGCUUCACAGCCUAGCACAAUGGAGGAUCCACAAGGAAACAACCAAGCACAUACUCUUUCCCAUUUGUCAAACUUGAUGUUUCAGGUGAAUAAUACUGAUAAUCUGUAUGCACUACUGAUUCUUUUUUCUACCAUGUGUGAUUCCUUGGAUGAGAAGUUAGCAUAUUCAACUACAGUUUUGGUUAUUGUUUGA